AUGCUCGAUAUCAAAAAGAAGAUCAACUUCGCCAAUGUGUCCGGCGAAAAGACCGAUGAGUCGUCUUCAUCGUCUGCACAGCAGUCUUCGGAGCAACAGCAGGCGGCGCAGCCAUUGGCUCCCCAACAGACAACGCCAACCGCGAAAGCGACGAACCCAUUUAUCACCCCAAUGACCGAGAGUACACCCGGUAUGUCAGAAUCGUGGGUCGAAUUGGCACCAAGUCGUACGAGUCUGUGCAGCAGCGUAGAUAUUAACAUGGUUAUUAUCGAUGAGAAGGAUAAGGAUUCGAGAUUGAGCCCAGUGUCGAUAGCUCAAUCUCCACAUGUGGAAUUCGAGAGUUUGGAGCAAGUCAAGUACAAAUUGGUUCGAGAAAUGCUGCCACCAGGGAAGAAUACGGAUUGGAUGUGGGACUGGAGCAGUCGACCGGAAAAUACACCUCCAAAAACCAUCCGAAUGGUACAAUAUGGAUCCAAUCUCACUACUCCACCAAACUCUCCAGAACCAGAAAUGAGCCAAUAUAUGCCUUAUGAAUCGGAUUCUCUAUUCAACGUUCGCGUAGUUUUCGGAUUCCUGGUCACCAACAUUUUUAGCUUUGUCGUUGGAGCAGCAGUUGGAUUCGCUGUCUGCCGGAAGAUCAUCAAACAUCACCGUCACUACUGA